ACAUUUCAGUGAACUAAUCCGAAUUGCAGUGCGCCGCCAGCACAACAGAGGGCACAUCAGUGUUUUGAUUUCAUUGAACUUUUGUGGUCAAAAUAAUCGAAGAAGAAAAGGUUCCUCAGAUGAGGAAAAUGGCCGACGUUGAGAUGGAUGUCGCGUCCAGUAGAAUGAAUAAUGGCAACGAACACGUGAAGCAGGAUCUGGAGAGCCAUGAAAAAAGUGGAAAUGAGGACAGCGGAGACAUGUCCGAGGAGGAAGAAGAGGAGGAAGAGGAGGAGGCAGAGACUAAUGGCGAGAAGACAGAAGAAGGGUCCAAACAUCACAGCAGCAGUGGCAAACACAAGAGGAAAAAACACAAGCAUCGUAGUAAGCACAAAAAACACAAGCAUGCCUCUGACGAGGACAAGGACCGCAAACGCAAGCAUCGUCACAAACACAGGAAACACAAACGCAAAGAGGGCUCCUCUCCCUCUGCCGCUGCCCUCUUUGCCUCCUCCGGCCACAGAAAAAUUGAAUCCUCUCCUUCCUCUGGAAAUCCAAGUCUGGACGACAGGGCCUUGCUGGAGGACUUGGAGAAACAGAGGGCCAUGAUCAAAGCUGAGCUGGACAGCCAGUUGAUGGAGGGCAAGGUCCAGUCAGGCAUGGGCCUGAUCCUUCAGGGUUAUAACUCUGGAUCCGAAGAGGAUGGAGAAGCUAGGAUCAGAAAUGGCGAACAGCGUCAAAGGGGCAGCUCAGGUAAACCCACAUCUCCCAGAGGGGGAAAAGGUGGGAAAUCUAGACGGGACUCAACAGAGGGCAAUAAGUCCAGCUCCAAGCGUCGCAGUCGGAGUAAGUCUGCGGACAGGCUAGCACAGGCCAAGGAGUCCAAGCAGGACAAGGUGACCAAAACCACCAAGGACACAGCCGUAAAAGACAGAGGGCGCGGCAGAAGCAGGUCGAAAGACCGAAAGCAUUCAGACAGCACUGAUUGGUCCAAGGAGAGAACCAGGAAGUCCAACUCCCCCACCACCUGGAAAGGAGAGCAGAAAGGCGGCCGCCCUGAUAGACGUUCCCCUCCACAGCGGGAUGACAGGCCAAACCAGGAGAGAGGGAGCCGACAGUCCAGAUCGCCCGGAAGAGAACGGCCAAGUCGCUCGGACACUGACAGGGACAAAAGGCCAGCCAAGUCCCCAUCCAAGGACGCUUCGUUGGGGAAAGAGAACCGCUCCCCUCAUAGACGAGGGCCUCACAGCCCCAUGAGGAAACGCAGUGCUUCCCCUCGCCACAGGGAUGCCCACCACCCCCCGGCUAGCGCCUCAGACAGGACAACGAAACCGGGCAACUCUCCAUCAAGAACGAGGUCCCCCCCCAGGAGAGCCCGCAGCCGCUCACCAGACGCCAGGAGGAGGGAUGUUGACAGGCAGGACUCACCGCUGAGGAAGCGCCCCCGGCCAGAUGCGGGGCCAGGCAGAGAUCGGUCACGAGAGAACAGUCCCCGGGCAGCCGCUCGCCGCCGGAUGAGUCGCUCGCCUCUAAGAAGACGGUCCCUGUCACCACGACGACGAUCCCGCUCUUCGCCCCACAGACGGAGCAGGUCUCCACUGGGACACAGGUCUGGGGAGAGAGACAGGUACGGUAGGCUCCGACAGUACCGACGCUCAAUGUCCCGUGAUCGGGACAGGAGAAGAAGACGCAGCAGAGAUGAGGACAAGUUCAAGGGCAGCCUAUCAGAGGGCAUGAAAGUCGACAAGGAAUCCUCCGAGGAAGAAGUGUUAGAAGACUUUGACGGAGAGGAGGUAGAUGAAGAGGCUCUCAUUGAACAGCGCCGCCAGCAGCGCUUGGCCAUUGUCCAGAAAUAUAAGGUUGUGAGUGACGACACCAACAUGGUGUCAGAGCCCAGCAGCCCUCAGAGCAGCACACGCAGCCGUUCACCCUCACCUGAUGACAUCUUGGAGCGAGUAGCGGCGGAUGUCAAGGAGUAUGAACGCGAGAACCUCAACACCUUUGAGGCCAGCAUCAAAGCCAAGCACAACCUCAUCUCCCAGGAGAAAGACGGAGCAAACCCAAAGAAGCCUUCAGCCCCCGACAUGUUUACAGAGUCAGAUGACAUGUUUGCUGCCGACUUCGAUAGUGCCAGGAUGAGAGCAGCAGGAGUAGGGAAGGACUUCAAGGAGAACCCCAACCUCAGGGACAACUGGACUGAUGCUGAGGGUUACUACCGGGUGAACAUUGGGGAGACACUAGACAAGCGCUAUGAUGUUUAUGGCUACACUGGCCAGGGUGUGUUCAGCAACGUGAUCAGAGCCAGGGACACUGCCAGAGCCGGCCAGGAGGUGGCAGUCAAGAUCAUCCGAAACAAUGAGCUCAUGCAGAAGACCGGGUUGAAAGAGUUAGAAUUCCUCAAGAAGCUGAAUGAUGCUGAUCCUGAUGACAAGUUCCACUGCCUUCGCCUCUUCAGGCACUUCUAUCACAAGCAGCAUCUUUGUCUGGUCUUUGAGCCUCUCAGUAUGAAUUUGCGAGAGGUGUUGAAAAAAUACGGUAAAGACGUUGGGCUCCACAUCAAGGCUGUGCGUUCCUACAGUCAGCAGCUCUUCUUGGCCCUCAAGCUGCUCAAACGAUGCAACAUACUCCAUGCUGACAUCAAGCCAGACAAUAUCCUGGUGAAUGAGUCAAAGACCAUUUUGAAGCUGUGUGACUUUGGUUCUGCAUCCCAUGUUGCUGACAACGACAUCACCCCUUACCUGGUCAGCAGAUUCUACAGAGCUCCAGAAAUCAUCAUAGGAAAGCCGUACGACUACGGGAUUGACAUGUGGUCUGUUGGCUGCACUUUAUAUGAGCUUUACACUGGCAAAAUCCUGUUUCCUGGAUCUUCCAACAAUCAUAUGAUCAAACUAGCUAUGGACCUCAAGGGCAAGAUGCCCAACAAGAUGAUCCGUAAAGGCUCGUUCAAAGACCAGCACUUUGACCAGAAUUUAAACUUCCUGUACAUUGAAGUAGACAAAGUGACAGAAAGGGAGAAGGUGACAGUGAUGAGCACCAUCAACCCCACCAAAGACCUGCUGACUGACAUGAUUGGAGGCCAGCGACUGCCUGAGGACCAGAGGAAGAAAGUGAUGCAGCUGAAGGACCUGCUGGAUGGCACUCUGAUGCUGGACCCAGCCAAACGCAUCAGCAUCAACCAGGCCCUGCAGCACCCCUUUAUCCAGGAGAAGAUCUGACACCCUGAACGCCACACACUCCCAGAGCAGACAAAGAACCAACCACUAAACCAGCUCUGACAGGAACUCUGCAGUGAGGCAGCCAACCCACAGACAGGAUUUUUUUGGUUCUUCCUCAACUUUAUUUUGUUUAUGGAUACGUAAUUGUGUUUUAUUGUAAAUAGAUCAUUGAAAUGGUAGCCAUUCUUGAAGACAUUGAUUUUGCGAUUCAUCAUUGUAAACUUCCCCUCAUACCUGGCAAUGCAGUUAUGGACUAUUUUUUUUUUUUUUUUUUUUAAAUUUAACUGGCAUUGGAGUGACAGAUGUUUAAGUAAAAGAUAUAAUUCCUGUAAAUACUGUAUGUCGAUUGCAUUAACAAU